AACUUAAAGCCAACAAUAAGUGGUCCUACAGAUUUGUACGUCAAAAGUGGCAGUGACAUAAAUUUAACAUGUAAAAUAAUACAGGGCCCUCAUGAACUGGGCAAUAUAUUUUGGUAUAAAGGAUCUGAAAUAAUUGACAUGACUACAAAUCAAAAUGAAAUUGAUAGUGGGACAAGGAUAACAGUUGAAAACGAUUGGUCGGAUGGUCUUACUUCAAGAUUGAAAGUAAGAAGAGCCUCAUCCAGUGACACUGGCAAUUACACUUGUGUACCGACGAUAGCAAAAUCAUCGAGUGUAUAUGUCCAUGUAAUUAUAGGCGAACAUCCAGCUGCAAUGCAACAUAAUUCCAGCAACAUGAAUAAUGCCAACUUUUACACAACCUUUUGUUGCAUGUUAUUCACUAUUCUAACAUGUUGUUUACAAAACUUUAUGUGCACCAGCAGAAGCAAAACAAUUAAAACCACAAUAACCAUAUUGGCAAUGAAGAAAUCAUCAACAAGUAAUGCAUCAUUAUCAAUGGUAAAUGCAACAUCAACAUAUGCAUCAGCGUCAACAUCAAUGUCAGCUACAAAAACAGUAGUACAAAAUACGAAAAGAAUAUCUACUGUUGCUAAAAUGGCACAAUCUAAACAAUACAUUUUACCUGUGUUAUCAUUCAAAGAAAUAAGAACAAUUCCAUCGUCAGCAUUAUUUGAUACCAACGGAACAACAUUACCAACAACUGCUAUGUUAGCAACUAUGUGCAGGAAAGCACCGCAUUUGAGUUGCAAUGGCAGAAUCUCUAGAUGAAAGAUUAAAGUUUAUGAUGAACAAAGUUCAAGACAACCCAGAUUUCUUUAAAAAAACAACAAAACAAAACCAAGUAGAUUGUUAAGGUGGUGUUUUUUCAUGUUUUAAUUCAUUCCAUAUACUUUUCUAUGAUUCAAUUUUUUACGACAGACAUGAGUUUUAAAAUACAAGUAGUACACGUAUCUUGGAAGAACACAAAAAAUACAAUACAUAAAGUUUAAGUUCUUUUUAUAUGGCAGAAAAACAAAAUAAAUAAAAUAAAAUUAUAAUAAUAUUAAGAUGGAAUCGUAAAGGAAAAUGGGAAGAAUGUAAAAGGCUUUGUGGAAUAACGUACAUACAUCUGUGAGUAUGGAUGGGUGAGCAAAAUGUAUACAAAUUAAUGAAACUGAACGAAUGAAAUGAUGGAACAAAAGAUUUCAUUGUUGUUCUCAUUUUUUAGCAACUCAAAGAAUGAGAAAGUGGUAAUUAAUCUUUUGUGCAAAGAAUAAGUCAGUCAGCGAAUCAGUUAAUCAGUGAGUUAGUUUAAGAUGCUCUUACAAGGAAGUAGUUUUGUAAAUUAUAUAGAAAUCAUCACAAUGAUGUAACAAAUAUUAAAAAUUAACCAAAAAAGUACGAAUAUUAUAAAAUUUUACGUUUUGUUUCU